UUUUGUAGGUAAACUUCACUAAAAAUUAAAUAUUUUAAAAUUUUCAAUUACUUUCUAUAGAUGUUUAUUUAAAAGUUAUCGUCCCGUCAGGCAAUUCUUGUAAAAGUAGUGCUUGGGAAUCCAAUUGAAUUGACAUAAAAAUAUUUAUAAACGUCUUACCUACCCUGCGUAAACUAAAUAAAUUUAUAACUAUCCUUCGCUGCUUAAUGUGUCGUUUAUUUUUCUUUAAUUUAUGAGCAUAUGCGAUAAAAAAUAAAGUGAUUUAUUAAGUAAUAUAUUUAAUUUUGGAAAUUCACAUAUAACCUGCUUGCGUGUUCAACAUAAAUAAAGUUUCGACUACAAACAAGUUUUCAUGACGGCACUUGGUGAACAUGGCGACGGAAGGAGAACCAAACACUCUCAAGACGUAUUGGGAUCAUUUCUUCAAAGCAGAGACUGGCACUUAUGAGAAAUCGACUUGGCUCGAUUUGUUCUUGGCGGAAUUCCUGAUAAGAACAAAUGACGGAGCGAAUCCUAAGGAACUAAUUAACUUUUGCCCUGUCAGUGGGGUGGUGACGUUGGUCGGCUGCGAGCUACUAUGCGGCAUCCACCGCGUCACCUCGUCCAUCAACACGCAUUAUACUGUGCCGCUACCAUGCCUCGACACCGUUUGCUCAGGGAAGGAAACGCCCGUCUUCGAAGAGUCGCCCGAACCUACACCGCCAGAGAUCAAAACAGAAGACGCGAGGGUGCAGCCGACCAGCCUUUUCACGAUAGCCAAUUUACAGUCCUCCGCCGAGAUUCUCAGAAAGUAUUUACUCGGUGGAGUCGCUUGGCGAUGUCUCGUUCUGCUCAGAGCCUUAGGAGUUGAGGGUCUAUCCUGCUGCAGACAGCUGAGCUCGGUACUGAUCUGGCUGUACGGCGAGCUGAGCGGCACUCCAUCACCUUCCCAGCAGCGUUGUCUUUCACCAGCUUCGUCACGGACACCCAUACACCAGCUAUUCUCACACAAGAUAUGGUCACAACAGAAACCUGUUAGUAUUCAAGGAUCCAAAGUGACCUCCGCAGCAUCAUCAGAGAAAGGUUCCGUUAUUGGAAAAUCCAGACACGGUGCUCAAAGUAAAGCCGACGUUGCAGAAAGUAAAAGCAAAAGAAAAUUAAUUAAACAUAGUGAUCCUUCCACAGAAGAUAGUGAUUCCAAUCAAGAUCUCCAAAUUUUGAAUCGAUCCAUUGGCAUUAAAGUUUGUACGCCUGACGAUAGCUUCGAUUAUUUCAAUACCCCAGUACGAUCCCCCGCCGAGUACCCUCUUGAAACUCUACAUAGUGAUACUUACUCUACGCCACGGAAAGACAAGCCGAAAGUGGAUGACUAUAUGACAGACAAACAUAAAGAAAUACUCAAUUCAGAAAUAACAUCCUUCGAAUUUGUAUUAUUAAUAAUAGAUCUGCUACAAGAACUAUGCAGAGCUGAAAGUAGUUUAUCCGGCGCGGAAGGAUCACAAAUAUCAGUACAGUGUAUCAAUUUUUCCCUGAGAAAUCUCUGCUCUCUACAGUUUAGUUCAGUGCCGUCACAGUCCUCGGAGGACGUAGAGGAAGCAUCGGAAAUCAAAGUAGCUUUAACGGAACUACUCAUAGUGUCGUUGGACAAAGUCCUCGUGCAUCCAGAUUUAUGUGCCAAACUAAUCAACAACGGCAUACUGCCGAUGCUGCUACGAAUCUUAGAAGACGUGGUCUGUAAAUCUAGCAAUAAAUAUCGGAAAACCGAUAAUCGUGCCAAAGAUAUUCAAACAUCAAAUAAGACUGAAUCGGAAAAUUUGCUCAAUUUCGUAUUUGGUAUAUCAUAUUCGAUAACUGCAUUCUUCCAUUGCCUACUAAUGCAGUGCCGGACAGUGGAGAAACUUCGAGAAUUUACAGAACAGUUUAGGUUAUAUGCCGAGUGCCUUAAAGGUGGGUUAUUGAAAGACUGCAUAGAGUUAAUGAUAAGGAUACCUGAUGUAAAACAUGACGAGACAGUGACUUUAAUCAAGAAGUUAAUUGAGACGGUCGGUAAACUAAUUUGUGGUAUGAAACGAGUGAGGAGUGAAGUAAUUCACUCUGCUGCGUGUCCGAGGAGUAGACAUAAAACGUGCCGGCAACGGGUGGCGGCUGGCAUGUACCACCACCACGACAUCCUGGGCGAGGCCAGCAUCGACCUGCCCAUAGCCUCUGCGUGCUGCAUAUCUGUGCUGUACGGAACGCUGACUGCUUUAGUAAUAGAUGAGGAGGUAUCCGCAGAACCGGCGUUACGAAACAAACUUCUGAAAGUAAUGUUGAACUGUGGGGUGUGUUGUUGUUUCUCACCAGGCACUCUCAUGGAAAGCAUUGUGAGACUUAUGUUAACGCAUAACAGCGUAGCCUCCUUGUGUCUUCAAGUACUGGAGCAUACUGUAUAUGGAGAGUUAGGAGCGAGCGUGCUUGUACCAAAAGUUACGGAUCAGCUGCCGUGCUCAAUUUGUGAACCAUCCGAAGACAAAAGAGAUAUUGGUAGAAAAUGUUCACAUGGGAUCGGUCCAAUGGAAAGAAAGAGCGUGUGGUCUUUUCUUAUCCAUUAUAAUUCUUUACUUCAAUUAGAUAACCAUAAUAACGUAUUGCACGCGACGGUCAGUCACUUAUUGCGGGUAACACCAAAAUGUCGCUCAGAAAUGAAAUAUGAACUUCUAUUUAGCGUCAUCUAUCCGAGCUUCAUCGUCGCUAAACAUAGGUACAUAUUAAGAGCGGAAGAGUCCGCUUACUUCCUCACCGUAUCAUGUCUGAACAUAUUUGCGAGCCUUCUAAAUACUAUACCAUUUGCUGAACAGUUCAUACAAAAAGGCGGACUCAGUUAUGUUCUCGAAUUAGUGUCAUUGUCUGAAUUUUCAAAUCAAUGUUGUUCCAUCCUCGAAAUAGCUAUCACAGUUGAAAUAUUCAAGUUUAUAAAAGACAACUCUGAAGUAACAUACUACAGGGAGAUAAGUACUCUGGCCUCUGUGCAGAUGCUUUUUAAGUCUUUAUCGGAUAUGACUGACAAGUGUUAUAAAAUAUUUAAGUUAAAACUGACAGAUGAACUCUUUGACGAGUUGAGCGAUUUGACCAAAGAAAAAGAGAUGUUAGCGUUCACGCCCGGUUCAGAGUACGUGCAAUCCAGACGGAUUUCUGUGCCACAAGUAAAAAGCGAUUUUGCUUCAAACGAGGGCGUGAUCGAAGAAUCUAUAGAAGAUUACAUUGAGGUGCUGAAGAACAUAUGGACCUUUUGGAAGACUUGCGCAGAACUAUGCCUGUAUAGCCCUAUGUUUAGGGAGUACGUUGUGAGUGAGAGCGUGUUCAUAGACAGUUAUGGCCUGUUGAAGCUACUGCUUCAUUACCUGUGUCACUGUGAGUGCGGGCCAGCCGAGACGCGGAUUCUGAUCAAAAUACUGGAGGCACUGUUAACUGUGCAGUUGGCUGCAUCCGAUGUGACCUCGGAGCGGUCUAAGGAAACGAGCUGCAGCCUGAUCCGGGCGGUGCUGUGCGGCGCGGGGGUGGCGGCGGGCGAGGGCGGGGGGCUGCACGCGGUGUGCGAGGCGCUGCUGCGUGUGGCGGCCGCGCAGCCCAGCGCCCGCCACUGCAUGCCCACGCUCCCUCAUGCAAAGGUACCGCCGCUGCUGUGCCCGUCGGGCAGCAGUUCACCAGCGUGCUCGUCCAGCGAGGACAGUGCGCCCGCGCCCUACGCCAGCGACCGCAGCGACGCGCCCCGCCCCGACGACGGCUAUGAGGCUGAUGUCGAAAUAAGUAAACUGGAUAUGACGUCAUACAAGCUGAAGAAAAUAUCUGACUCUCUUUCCUCUACGGGAAGCAAUUAUGCUAAGAUCCAAAAAAAAUUCGAGUCGACUGUGGAGUGUAGCGAGUACAUAAAGAACGACGAACUUGCCCACCCGGAGUUGUGCAUCAUAGUCGUCGACAUACUCAUACAACUCAUACAGAUGGCGGUGGAAGGCGGCGGCGGCGCGGGCGCGCGGUGCGGCCGGCUGUGCAGGCGGCUGGCGGCGCGGCGGCCGCGCGCCGGCCUGCUGCGCCGCCUGCUGGCGCCGCCCGUGCGAGCCUUGCUCGCAACACACCACCCGCCGCUCCAAGAUUUACAGCGCAACAUUUUGGAGUUAAUCCACUCGGCCGCGACUCAAAGUAUAAGCCCAGUAGAAUUGGGGGAGCUACUGAAACUGCUGGCAGCGGAGCAGCCGCCGCUGGACCUGCUGCUUCCAGCGCUGCAGCGGCUGGCGGCGGCCGCUGUGCCUAACACACCUGAUUGUUUCCUCACGUUUCCAGUGGAAGCUCAGCCUGCAGACACCAUGCAAAUGGCGGGAGACGAUGUGAACUUAUCGGUGAACUAUCAAAUAGAAGCGCAAACAAGGAAAUUACGGGAGAGCCAUAUUGCAGCGGGCGUGGCGUCUGCGUGGUCGCGGCACGCGGCGCGAUGCUGCGUGGGCGGCGCGGGCUGGGCCGCGUGGCAGGCUGGCUUCGGCGUCCUGCUGUGGCUGCGACUCACACACGCGCGAGCCUCACGCUCGCCACGCUCACCAUGCUCGACACGCUCGCCACACUCGCGCUCCAGAUGGGAUGAAGUAGACGAGUGGCAGGACGAGUCGAGUGAGACGGAGGUGCCGGCGAGUGGCCCGCCGCGAGCCGGCGAGCCGCUGCACGUGUUCUCCGUCGGACACGACUCGCUCAUGUUCGAACUGUGGCUCGAACCCACCACAGGCAUGGUGAUAUUUCGGUUGACGCGGCCGGAGAUGGCGGCGAGAGGCGGCGGCGGCGGCGGCGGCGGCGGCGGCGUGGUGGCGGAGAGCCGCGGCGGGCCGCUGCCCACGCACCGCUGGCUCUGCGUCGCGCUCAACGUCACCGACAGGGUCAUCAAGCGCCGCAUAUACGUACAGGUGACGAUGUACGUAGACGGUUACGAGCACGAGACUGUAUCGCUGCCGUUGCAAGGUAUCCUGGUCCGCAAGGUGACGCCGAGCCAUGUGCUGGUAGGGCACACGGGCGGUGAGACCGGCGGCGCUGCAUACCUGGUGUCUGGUGUGCAGCUGUACCGCACGGCGCUGCUGACGCGGCCGCGAGCGCUGCACCUCGCUGCACACGGGCCCGACCACUCCUGCCAGGUUCGAUGCGAAACGCCCAAUUAUUCACUACUCUUGACAACGAAUCUUCUAGAUACAGACAUGGACUGGGAUCAGAUGUACGAGAUAACGCACACGUCCCUGCGCGAACUGCACGACAAUCUGUUACUGUCGUUCUCUGCGCAUGCGCCUGACACGAUUAACUUGUACCAGCAGCCCGUCGCCCUACCCACCGUGUUCGGGACGCGCGUGGGGAUGAGCUGUGGCAGUGGCGGCGGCGGCGGCGGUGGUGAGCCGCCGACGACGCUGCGGCUGACGUGGGCGGGCGCGCCGCUAGCCAACCGACACAGCGGCUUCGCGCCCGCGCUUCUGCUGCUCGGCGGCCCGCACCACCUGCUCUAUAUGUUUGCCAGGGUGGUGGAGUUGGAGGGUUCGGCGGAACAGCAGGCGGCGGCGCUGUCGGUGUUGCUGCGUGCGUGCAACGUGGACGGGCGCCUGUACGCCACGCUGUUCGCGUCGGACGCGCUAGACAUGCUGCUAGCCAUUUUUGCUGCGCCCGCCUGUCUCUUCUCGCACCAUAUGCUCAAGGUAAUCCUGGACUCAGCAUGCAGCGCGCCCUUGCUGAGCACUACCGGAGCCGUGACGAUCGUCCAUGGUGACGCCGCCCUCAUUGAACCAAGCCUGCUGAUGCUGUUGUUACAAGCCUGGAGGCACCUUGACGACUCUCCCGACCAGGAAGUGCAAUGGGAAGAGGAAGGGCAGGAUACGCAACGCGGGUCCGUGUUGGCGUUGGCACUGCGCUGCAUGUGUGCGCUGGUCCACGACGAGCACCCGCGCCGCGACUUCAACCUCUAUCAGAUGCAGCGCCUCGGCCUGCUCGCACACCUGCUGCUCGUUUGCAAAGAGCGAUACCUGAACUCUGAGUGCGAGUCGCUGGGGGAGAGCGCGAGUGCAAGCUUGGUGCAGCUGGUGCGCGCGCUGCUGGGCUCGCCGCCGCUGCUGGCGCACCUGGCGCACCUCGCCGACUUCCUGCUGCUCAUGCACCAGGCGAGCGACACAUUCGUGACUCACUCAAGAGCUAACUUCUACUUCCUCAUCACUCCGGAGAUGCCAGAUAUGAGCGACUUCAUGGACAAUACCUCCGUUAAGAAACGUAGACGCAGCAGGAGGUCGGAGAAUAGACCCAGCGAGUCAAACACACUGUCCGAAGACGUUACCAGUGAUAGCAGAAGUAGAUCGAAUGUAAUCGUGGACGUGGAGAAUGUAGAGAGGUUAUCAGAAGGGGAUCCUAACAGCAGAAGGGAAAACACCAAACAAUUAAAAGGAAUUAUUAAUAAGCAGAUCAAGAAGCAUAGGAAACAUGACGUAUCGUCUACCUCAAAAAACUCAGACGCAACUGUUGAAAGAUCGGAUGAAGGGGGAGGUGGCAGUGAAAUGACCGAAACCAAGGCCAAAGUGACGAUUGAGGAUAUACCGGAGGGGCAUGCGGAGGAUGAGAAGAUCACGGACAAGAACGUACAAGAGAAGCACGAGGGGGAUGAAAAGAAGGCGACAGUCGAAGGAGUACCGGAGAAGCAAGCGGAGGAUCAAAAAACAAUAGACGAGGGUAUACCGGAGAGACCCAGAGACGAUAAAGAGAAGGUUGUAGAGGAGAAUGUGACUGGAAAGCAAAGUGAAACUAAGGAGAAGACGACGGGCAAGGGUGUUUCAGAGAGAAGCGGGAAAGACGAGCUCAGCGAGUAUAUUGUUGUGGACGUGGACGAGAUACAGCACACUACCGUCGAGGUGUACACUAGCGGCAUCUAUCAACAGCGGCGGGUGCGCGCGGGCGCGGGCCCGGGCUGGGCGGCGUGCGAGGGGCUGCUGCUGGCGCUGCGGGACGCGCUGCUCGCGCUCACCGACCACGACUUCGCGCAGGCGGCGAGUGGCGCGGUGCCGGCGGAAAGUAUCGCCGUGCUGGCCAACCACCGCGUGGGCGCCGUGCGCGCCGCCGUGCUGCGCGUGCUGGCCGCGCUGCAGCGCCGCGCGCCGCCCGCGCUGCAGCGCACGCUGCUCGCGCGACACUACUACCUGCACCUCGCCAACCAGAUAUCGCUGUACAAGAGUACGUGGGACUUGGCGGCGGCGUGCGCGGCUCUCAUCACCAAGUGCGACGUGCCGCUCGAGGACCAACUUAAUGAGGACAUAUGGGCGGACGUGCGUGAGAGCGCGGUGCAGUACAGCCCGCCGCUGCUGGCGCUGCUGCCCGGCGCUGUACGCGACCCGUCGCUCGUGCACCACAUCGCGAUGCUGCUGCACCGCCUCAUCGACAAGGCGACCGUGAAGGCGCUGUGCGACGUGUGCUUGCCGGAGACGUGUGUGAAGGCAGUGCGUGCGGCGGGCGGUUUGCCAGCGGGCGACGGCCGAAACCAAUUGCUGCGCCAUCUGUACGAACUGCUCGAUCACUUCACGCUCAAGGCACUUGCCGCGUCCCACGCCACACAGACAAUAGUGGACAUCCAUCACAUGCUCACUUACGUGGAGGCGACAGCAGUGGACGACGACGCAGGCACGAGGGUCCGCGUGGCGGCGCGGGACGCUCAGAUUUCCUUGUUCAAUGUACAGUUGGAGUACUUAGAACAGCGGCUACACUCGUCCUACAAUGCGCAUACAAAGUACGCCAACUAUUUCACAACCGUGCUGUCGUCGGCGGUGUCGCUGGGCGCGGAGGGCGCGGGGCGCGGCGAGCGCGCGGAGGCGGGCGGGCGGCACGCGGCGGCCGCGGCGCGCGCCGUGGCCUUCCUGGCCGCGCACCCGCCCACGCAGCCGCUGCCCUCGCCCGCGCACGCCGCGCUCGCGCGCCGCCUGCUGCGCACGCUGCUGCUAGCGGUGAGCGGGGCGGGCGGGCACAGCCAGCGGCCCAAGUGGUGGGCGAGCAGCGGCGCGGAGUGGGCGCCGGCGCUGCAGCAGCUGUGCUGGUGGGCGGGCGGCGGCGCGGGCGUGCGGCCGCUGCAGCCGCCGCUGCUGCGCGCGCUGCACGCCGCGCCGCCGCCCGCGCUGCGCCUGCUCGCCGGGCCCGACCCGCCCUCCACGCGCAAGCUGGCGGUGUAUCUGCUGACGAUGCUGAAACACAUCCACGCGGCGGGCGAGGAGGCGGGCGGCCAGCCGCCGGUCGAGCUGCCCAUUUUAGAUUGGGCGCGCGGCUGGGCGCUCAGCAUGCAGGCCGAGCUGCCGGACCGGCUCGCCGGCGACGCGCUGCUGGCCGAGGCGGCCGUGCUGCUGCGCCAGGACCGGGAACGAUGCGCACGCGCCGCCGCUCGCCAGAAGCCCGCCAUCGCCAAGGCGGUGUUCAGCAGGGAGGCGCUGGCGGCGCGCGCGGCGGAGGCGGCGAUGGGCAUGACGCGCGCGGCCGUGGAGGCGCAGAACGCGGCGCGCAAGGCCUUCCUCGAGCACCUGCGCCGCCGCCUGGCCGCGCGCGCCGCCGCCGCGCGCCGCCUGCGCCGCCUCGUCGCCGACCUCGCGCACGAGCAGGGGGUGUGGCACGAGGCGCGCAGCUACCCGCAGUCGUGGCAGCUCGACCCCACCGAGGGCGCGGGCCGCGUGCGCGUGCGGCUGCGGCGCGCCCACCUGCGCAUACAGCCGCGCUUCCUCAAGCCCGAGCACCGGUACAAGGCCGAGCUGUGGCGGCAGCCAGCACCGCUGCAGCGCGUGUUGGCGGCGGCGCAAGGCGCACGCGGCGCGGCGGCGCGCCUGCAGCCGCACGAGACGCUGGCGCACGCCGCACGCGUCACGCACGUGCACGUCGCGCGCGAGACCAGCGGCGACCUGCUGCUCACAGACCGCUGUCUCCACUUCGUGCCCGACGAGGAGGAGGGCGAGGGCGAGGGCGAGGGCGAGGGCGAGGGCGCGGCGGAGGGCGGCGGCGGCGCGCUGAGCUGGCCGCUGUGGCGCGUGGCGCGCGUGGCGGCGCGGCGCUGGUGCCUGCGCGAGCGCGCCGUGGAGGUGUUCGUGCGCGGCGGCCGCGCGCACCUGCUCGCCUUCCACCACGAGCCCGCGCGCGCCGCCUUCCUGCGCGCGCUCGCCGCCUGCCACCCGCCCGCCAGUUCGGAGCCCGAUACUCUGUCAGAAGCGAUGGCCCAAUGGCGAUCCGGCAGUAUCACCAACUGGGAGUACCUGAUGCGGCUGAACUGCCUCGGCGGCCGUUCGUACAACGACCUGAUGCAAUACCCGGUGUUUCCGUUCGUAAUCGCUGACUACACCUCGCGGAUACUGGACCUCAACAACCCGGCCUCGUUCCGAGACCUCAGCAAGCCGAUGGCGGUGCAAAACAAAAACCGGGAACAGCACUAUAUAAACACUUACAAUGACCUGGCGGCGGCGCGGCGGGCAGGCUGCUCGGCACUGUCGCAGCAGCCGCACCACUACGCGUCGCUGUACUCCAACUCGGGCGGCGUGCUACACUACCUCGUGCGUCUGCCGCCCUUCACAGAGCUCUUCCUCAACUACCAGGAUAACAACUUCGAUAUGCCGGACCGCACGUUCCACUCGCUGGUAACUACGUGGCGGCUAAUCACAAACGACUCGCCCACCGACGUAAAGGAACUCAUACCGGAGCUUUUCUAUUUGCCAGAGUUGUUCUAUAACAAUGAAGGGCUGUCGCUGGGCGUGCGGCAGUGCGGCGCGGGCGUGGACGCGGUGGAGCUGCCCGCGUGGGCGGCGGACGCGCGGCUGUUCACGCUGGUGCUGCGGCAGGCGCUCGAGGCGCCGCACGUCACCGACAUGCUGCCGCACUGGAUCGACCUCAUCUUCGGCUACAAGCAGACCGGCCAGCCCGCCAUCGACGCCAUCAAUGUGUUCCCAGCAUGUACGUACUACGGGUUCGACCCGCUGGCGCUGGAGGACGAGGUGGACCGCACGGCGGCGGAGGCGAUGGUGCGCACGUACGGGCAGGCGCCGCGCCAGCUGCUGCGCCAGCCGCACCCGCACCGCGCGCCCGACCUGCUGCACCGCGCCUCCCACCAGCCGAGCGUGUGGGCGGGCGUGGAGGGCGGCCGCUGGGGCCGCUGGUGCGGCUCGCCCGCGCUGCCGCCGCCCGUGCCGCGCGCGCGCCGCUCGCUGGCGACCGCGGGCGGGGCGGGGGCGGGGUUGGCGGGGGCGGGGGGCACGCUGUACGCGCUGCCCCACGCGCGUACCGUCGCGUACGCCCCGCCCUCUAGCGCGCUUGUCACCAUACAAGGUGAGUCGGGCAGCUCGUACGCAGUAAUAUCAUGGGACCACGCGGACGACGUGGUGCGCGUGCGCCGCCGCCGCGACGCAGCGCUCGACAUGCUGCUGCGGGUGCCCGCGCUCGACAAGAUAACGUGCGUGGCGUCGUGCGUGGGCAGCGAGAGCGCGUGCGCGGCGAUGAUGGGGCACGCGGCGGGGCGCGUGGCGGCGCUGCGCGUGCGCGUGCGCGGCGCGCGGGCGGCGCGGGCGGCGCGGGCGGCGCGCGCGCGGCCGCUGCUCGCGCACCGCGCCGCCGUCGCCGCGCUGCACGUGUGUGCGCGCGCGUCGCUGCUCGUCUCCGCCGGCUGCGACGGCUGCAUCGUGCUCUGGGACCUCAACGAACUGACAUACAUCCGAACACUGCCGAACCGCGACAUGCUGCCGGUGACGCACGUGACGGUGAGCGAGACGCUGUGCGACGUGGCCACCGUGCACGACCCGGCCGCCCGCGCCCGCGCCGCCCCCGUCGACACCCGCGCGCCCGGCGCUGUACACGACGACGUCACCGGCGCCGACUCGUACGAGCACGACGUUGACAAAUACAAGUCGCUCAUACGUGUGCACACUGUGAACGCUUCAUUUGUCGGUAGCGUGAAGGUAGCGGAACGUGUGACGAGCAUUUGCUACUCGAACGCACCAGAGGGCGUGAGUGUGAACUGCGUGGCGGCCGGGCUGGAAGGCGGCGGCGUGGUGCUGUACUCGUCGUGGGACUUGCGCCGCGUCGCCUACAUACCGCCCGCUGAACGCGCGCCGCUACUCAGUGUGACAUACAGCAGCGACUCCCUACUGCUGUUCGGGUUGUACGGGAACGGCGUGGUGGUGGCGUGGGAGAGCGGCGGCGGCGCGGGCGAGGGCGGCGCGCCGCGGAUACUGCACGCGCAUGCGCUGCUGUAACACCAAUACUGCGGAUAGUUGUUGGCAGCUAUAAACGUGCAAUGUAUAUCACAUUUAUAAUGUCUAAUAAGUAUUAAGGUCUCAAAUAGAGGUCAAGGUCGCUUCCAAAGGUCAAGGUUCAAGGUAAGACAAUAAACAUAUAAAACCUAAUUAUCACUCAAUAAAUAUGACUUCACACAUCACUGCUGUGCUAAUAUGUCACAAAUAAUAUUAAUUUUAGUAAAUAACUGACAAUCUGUAUUAAUAAAAAUUGUUAUUAUGUAUUUAUAGCAAAUUGUUAAGUGCAUCUGAACUUGAACAUAAAUAGAUGUUUUGUGGGUAAAAAUAAAACCCACUAAGAGGUUCCGUAAUAUCAUACUUAUAAUCUCCCUAUGAUAUUAUCAGACUGUAAACACAUUUAGUUUUGUCUUAUUUAAGCGAUUUGGUAUAUUUUAACUCGCUAGAUGCUAUAAAAAAGACUGCUUUAUUGAAUUUUUAAUCUUAGCUCGUCUUCAUACAGGAGAUAUAAAAACUACACUUAUAAGAAAUCAACGGCAUUUUAUUAAACUUUUAUAGGCAGUAAAUGAUAGAAGGUGGCAGUUAAUCCUUCUUUGCAUAAUAGUGGAAAUUUCCAUCAUUACAUCGAAUGCUCAAAAAUUAUAUAAAAGAACAAGUUCACUUUAAGUUGAUCGUGUCUGGAUACCUUUUUAAUGUCCAUUGCAGAAAAAAAACAUAGCUGUAUAAUUUAUUUUUUAACCAUUUUUCCUUUAAUUUUGAUCAUGAAUUAUAUCACCAUGAUUUAUAUCACCAAUAAAAAAAAUAUGCAAAGAAGGGUUAAACAGAUUUAUGUAUCAGUAAGAGAGUAAAGUAUGUCUUCCAAACACGUCAACUAAUACGUCCUGCAUAGUGUAUAUUUAAAAAAUAACUAAUUUAAUUAGUACGAUAGAUAUAUACUUUCAUAUUUAACAAAUGUGUAUAUAUAUAUAAAUAAGUCAUAUAUCUCAAUAAAUAAAAAUCUCAAAUCCUCUCAACCGAUUUUAAUAAAAUUUUGUAUUGUAUACUCCAACUUGAGAGAUAUCCUAUCUCUCAAAUUUUUAUUUUGAUAAAAUCAACUCGAUAGAUGACAGUAGGGAGCAAAACAACUUUGUUAGGUUAAAUAAUAAUAUUAAAAAAAGAGAAUAUGUAAAAAUGCUUCCUGGUCUCUGACUAAUCAGAGAUUGUCGAUUAUCACUUUUUUACAUAUACUGUAUUUUAGUUACACUCUUUUUAUAUGUAAUAGAAAUUUUAAACAUGUAAAAUGUAUGUAAUUGGUAAGUAAAUAAUAAUAUAUAAUUGUAAUGUAACGAAGCAAUAUUUUUAUAUUGUCCAGAAAUAUUUUUGUAAAACAAAUAUUGUUAAUGUCAUUUAGAUUGUAAUUAGAAAUGUCGACAAGGAGAGUGGCAACUCUGUGAACAAAUUUGUAUGAUACUUAAGGCCGAUGUUGUCUAAAAGACUUUAGUACUUUGUCGCACUAACAUUGCUGACUGAUUCAAAGAUUGUGUUUGAUAAUCAAACUAAAUUUUAAUGUAACAAAGUACAAUGUUUAUAUAAUGUUAAACGUGGCAGCAUUGCCAAAUUAUUAAUAAUGAAUUAUGUCCAUCAAAUGAUAUAUGACUUGGAUUGAAUAUUUUAAUGUAUAAAUGCUAAGUAAGUACCACGGCCUAAUACCAGUCUGAAUGAAUUUAGACUGUAAGAGUAAUAUAUUAAAGUAAUAUUUUGUAAAAUAUAUCUUUUUACUAGAAAAAUUGCACUCUCAAAGAUGUGGUAUCCAAGUUGAUCAAUAUUAAUUAUUAGAAGUUAUUCAUACACUUUCAGUGCUGUCAAUUCUGAGGCGUCCUUUCUCUAAAUCUUAUCUUUUAACCGAAUAUUUUAACAUAAUAGUUUCUUUAUCGUAAUCUUUAAUUUUUCAGUUUUAUACAUUUAAUUUAUACAAUUUUUGGAAUAACAACACAUACAAUUAAUUAUAAAUAGUACUCAAGAUACUAGCAACAUUACCUCUAUGGACCGCUAAACUCGUCUUUUUCGCAAAGUAGCUACACCAGUUCUUGGAUCACCAGUAACCUUGAUGAGGCGCGCUCAGGGCUGAAGCUAGACCCAUGUUUAAGCUAGGCCAAAAGAACUGUUUGGUAAGGCAGAAGCCAUAAUUAAGUGAUUUAGAAAAAGCUAAUCUGUCUAAUUAACUAAGGUAUUGAGCCUUUUGAAAUAGGGCAUUGCUCCUCAAUAUCCCCCUCCCCCCCCCCCCCGGCUAUGGCCGUGGGGCCGAUAAAAAUGCUUUAUUAUAAAUUAAAUUUAAUAAUUUUGAAUUAAAUUUAUUACAAAUUUAAUUCAUAUUAUUCUAAGAAUAAAGGUUUCUAUAUGAUAUCAAAAUGAAAUUUUAAGGUAGUGUAAAUUUUAAAAAGAAUUUACUGCGCCGUGUAUGUUGCUGCCUUGUAUUUAAGAUAUGCUUGUAUUGUACUUAGGAUACCAUACAUUUGAUAGUGUAAUAUUAUAUAUAGUAUAAAUUUUAUAUUGAUAUCUCUAUUCAGAGUAAUUUAUCACCAUAUCUUUAAAGAGUAUUGUAUCAAAUAUAAUAAACGUGAGAUUGGGUUCCAAUACUGAGAUCUAUAUUUAAACGGUAUCAACAAAAUAUAUAAUAUUAUUAAUAUGUAACAAUAAACAACAAAAACAUUAUGUAAUAUAAGAAUAAUUAAUUUUGAUAUAUAUUAGAGAAUUCUUAAUUUAAAUUUACUAAUUCACUCAGGUUUAUAAUAUUGUAUACAAUAUGCAUAUACAAAUAGAGAUCAAAAUUGUAUAUUCAAUUGUGCCAAAUGAAAUCGGCCAAAAGCGAGUACAAUUUGCAUUAAUACUUAUAGAUGUGGUUCUUUAGUAUAUGAUAUCUAUACAGGUUACGAUUUUUUCUUGCAGAUUGAAUGGGUACAAUUUUAAAUAGCUAAGUGUAACGUUUAUGGCUGGCAUUAGAAAAUAGGUGUUCUAUAUCGAUGGUUCCUUUUUCAGCUAGGUGAAGUUUCGAAUAUUAAUUUUAUUUCAAUUUAAUUUGUUUAUUAUUUUUAAUUUUAUACACACAUAUUUAAGAUAUAACUAUUGAAAUAAUGUACAUAUCAUUAGCGUAUAAACUAUGCCUUAUAUAUUAAAAUUGUGCUACAAGCAUUCCAAGUAAUGUUAUUCCGUAAUAAAACUUAUUGAUAUUUAAAUGAAUAGAUUAAGAACUGAUAGUUCUCAAUCUAAUACAAGUAUAUUUUUUUCUAUUUGUAAGAUAAUAUAAAUUAGGACUGACUCUAAUGUAACAUUUCUCUGAACUUAUGUCUUGACUAAUAACUCUUAAUAUUUUAAUUUGGUUGUUUCGCGAUGUUAUUAUUUUAUGAACUAUCGUACUCGUAAACUAAAUUUAUAAAAAAAAAAUGUCACUGUGAUAUCAAAUUUUAAUGUUAGAGAUAGGUCAAGAGAAAUGCCAUUUUAAAAUAUAGCCCAUUGUCUUUUCCAAGAACAAACUAAACCUUUAUUAUAAUUAAGUACUCAUAUUCUUAUACAUAUAUCUAAAAAUUAAAAAAAGGCAGCAUGAAACGCCAUUUUUUUUUUUUAUUAUUAUAUACACAGGAAUAACUGUAAUGAGUAUACGAAACUUAUUCAUGAAACUAAACAACUUAAGAAGUUUAGUCAAAAUCUAAUAUUAUUUUAUAAAUUAUUCAUAUUAAUUGGAUCAUGUAACCAAAUUAUUUUAUUACUAUUGUAUAUGUAUGCGUGUGAAUUUAUUCUUGCAUUUAGGCUUGACAUAUAUAUUAUGACAAAUCGUGUACAGUUAUUCCUAUCAUUUCUGUUUCAAUAUUUUGUAAAGUAUUGCAUGUACCUACUAAAUGCUAAUAAAAGAGUGGGCUAAUCACCUACCUACUGAGAUAAAAAAAAAGUUUUUUAGUAUGUAAUUUUCAAUUUUUUAGUAUAUUUUUUUCUUUUGUAAUAUAAUUGUAUGUCGUUGUUACCAAAUUCUAUUUUAUGUUGAUUAUGAAAUUAAAUAAAAAUAAAAUAUUUUAAUACAA